UUGCAUCCAGAAAUCUUUAGAUGAUAUCGCACAAAAUUCAGCCAUUCGAAAUGACGUUCCUUCACAACAAACAGGCUCAAAACAAAAGAAUUCUGAUACUGGAAAUACGUUGUCUAGCAAUGAAAGCAUGUCUGUUGUCGAUGAAUUGAAAGGUGAUUGCAUCCAGAAAUCUUUAGACGAUAUCGCACAAAAUUCAGCCAUUCGAAAUGACGUUCCUUCACAACAAACAGGCUCAAAACAAAAGAAUUCUGAUACUGGAAAUACGUUGUCUAGCAAUGAAAGCAUGUCUGUUGUCGAUGAAUUGAAAGGUGAUUGCAUCCAGAAAUCUUUAGACGAUAUCGCACAAAAUUCAGCCAUUCGAAAUGACGUUCCUUCACAACAAACAGGCUCAAAACAAAAGAAUUCUGAUACUGGAAAUACGUUUAGUGAUCCCCGAUUUUUGAAAUUAAUCGUUCAUCAGCUAAUCGAAUAGUUUUCAGCAGUUCGUUAUUCGAUACGAUUAAUCGACCCAAAUAAUCGAUUAAUCGAUUAAUCGCAAUACUGAGAGAAAUAAUCCGUCAGACUAAUAUUUCUCAUUUGCUAGAAAGCCAUAUGGAAUCAAAAAUAUGUUAAUUCCACCUGAAAAUCAAUUAUUAUCGUUUACGCUCCCCUAAAGUCGUAAAGAAUGCUCAAUUCGCGUUGACGGCAUUGAGCUUCGUUUAUGAACUUAAGGGAGCGUCAAAGAUAAUGAUUGAUUUUCAGUAUAAAACUGCAACGGCCGUACGUUUUUUUCUCUCAACGUUUAGAUCGAUUAAUCGACGUAAAUUAUUCGUUCGCUUCGAUUAUUGGUUGUGCAGUAUUCGUUCGAUUAAUAAUCGAUUUCUGUAGGAAGUAUUCGAUUAAUCGAUUAAUCGAACGAUUAUCGGGGAUCACUAAAUACGUUGUCUAGCAAUGAAAGCAUGUCUGUUGUCGAUGAAUUGAAAGGUGAUUGCAUCCAGAAAUCUUUAGAUGAUAUCGCACAAAAUUCAGCCAUUCGAAAUGACGUUCCUUCACAACAAACAGGCUCAAAACAAAAGAAUUCUGAUACUGGAAAUACGUUGUCUAGCAAUGAAAGCAUGUCUGUUGUCGAUGAAUUGAAAGGUGAUUGCAUCCAGAAAUCUUUAGACGAUAUCGCACAAAAUUCAGCCAUUCGAAAUGACGUUCCUUCACAACAAACAGGCUCAAAACAAAAGAAUUCUGAUACUGGAAAUACGUUGUCUAGCAAUGAAAGCAUGUCUGUUGUCGAUGAAUUGAAAGGUGAUUGCAUCCAGAAAUCUUUAGACGAUAUCGCACAAAAUUCAGCCAUUCGAAAUGACGUUCCUUCACAACAAACAGGCUCAAAACAAAAGAAUUCUGAUACUGGAAAUACGUUUAGUGAUCCCCGAUUUUUGAAAUUAAUCGUUCAUCAGCUAAUCGAAUAGUUUUCAGCAGUUCGUUAUUCGAUACGAUUAAUCGACCCAAAUAAUCGAUUAAUCGAUUAAUCGCAAUACUGAGAGAAAUAAUCCGUCAGACUAAUAUUUCUCAUUUGCUAGAAAGCCAUAUGGAAUCAAAAAUAUGUUAAUUCCACCUGAAAAUCAAUUAUUAUCGUUUACGCUCCCCUAAAGUCGUAAAGAAUGCUCAAUUCGCGUUGACGGCAUUGAGCUUCGUUUAUGAACUUAAGGGAGCGUCAAAGAUAAUGAUUGAUUUUCAGUAUAAAACUGCAACGGCCGUACGUUUUUUUCUCUCAACGUUUAGAUCGAUUAAUCGACGUAAAUUAUUCGUUCGCUUCGAUUAUUGGUUGUGCAGUAUUCGUUCGAUUAAUAAUCGAUUUCUGUAGGAAGUAUUCGAUUAAUCGAUUAAUCGAACGAUUAUCGGGGAUCACUAAAUACGUUGUCUAGCAAUGAAAGCAUGUCUGUUGUCGAUGAAUUGAAAGGUGAUUGCAUCCAGAAAUCUUUAGACGAUAUCUCACAAAAUUCAGCCAUUCGAAAUGACGUUCCUUCACAACAAACAGGCUUAAAACAAAAGAAUUCUGAUACUGGAAAUACGUUGUCUAGCAAUGAAAGCACGUCUGUUGUCGAUGAAUUGAAAGGUA